AUGAGAGGUGAGAUGUCAGAUGUGUCACAGAUGGAGGAACAGAUAUUGGCAAAUGUAAUAAUUUUUAUCUGCGGAAACUUGGCAGGAGCAUACCACAAACACCUCAUGGAACUUGCACUGCAACAGACGUAUCAGGACACAUGCAACUGCAUCAAAUCCCGUAUCAAGUUAGAAUUUGAGAAGAGGCAACAGGAACGUCUUCUGCUUUCUUUGCUGCCUGCUCACAUUGCCAUGGAGAUGAAAGCAGAGAUCAUCCAGAGGUUACAAGGUCCCAAGGCAGGCCAGCUGGAAAACACCAACAACUUUCAUAACUUGUAUGUCAAAAGACACACCAAUGUAAGUAUCUUGUAUGCUGAUAUCGUGGGAUUCACUCGCCUGGCCAGUGACUGCUCACCAGGGGAACUAGUGCACAUGCUAAAUGAGCUGUUUGGCAAGUUUGAUCAGAUUGCAAAGGAAAAUGAAUGUAUGAGGAUUAAAAUCCUAGGUGACUGCUAUUACUGUGUUUCUGGACUACCUAUAUCGCUUCAAAAUCAUGCCAAGAAUUGUGUGAAAAUGGGACUGGACAUGUGUGAAGCCAUUAAGAAAGUGAGAGAUGCAACUGGAGUUGAUAUUAAUAUGCGUGUGGGAGUGCACUCUGGGAAUGUGCUUUGUGGCGUUAUUGGGCUACAGAAGUGGCAGUACGAUGUCUGGUCACACGAUGUUACUCUGGCAAAUCACAUGGAAGCUGGAGGAGUGCCAGGCCGUGUUCACAUCACCUCAGUCACCUUGGCACAUUUGAAUGGAGCUUACAAAGUGGAAGAUGGGGAUGGAGAUGUGAGGGACCCAUAUCUGAAAGAGCAUAAUGUUAAGACUUACUUUGUAAUCAAUCCUAAGGGAGAGAAGCGAAGCCCUCAGCACCACAUUAGACCUCGAAAUACUCUUGAUGGAGCCAAAAUGAGAGCUUCUGUCCGCAUGACCCGGUACCUGGAAUCUUGGGGAGCAGCCAAGCCAUUUGCACACUUGCACCACAGGGACAGCAUGACCACUGAAAAUGGCAAGAUUAGCACAACAGAUGUUCCCAUGGGGCAAUAUCAUUUUCAGCGUUGCAGAGAGAGAACAAAAUCACAGAAAAGAAGGUUUGAGGAGGAGCUAAAUGAGAGGAUGAUCCAGGCCAUUGAUGGAAUCAAUGCUCAAAAGCAGUGGCUUAAAUCUGAAGACAUUCAAAGAAUAUCACUUCUUUUCUAUAAUAAGACUCUGGAAAAAGAAUAUCGAGGAACUACUCUGCCUGCAUUUAAGUAUUAUGUGACUUGUGCCUGUCUCAUAUUCUUCUGCAUUUUUGUUGUGCAGAUUCUGGUAUUGCCGAAGUAA